CCUUGUUCAUAGCUACAAUGUACUGUAUCCUUGACAAAGGAAUCUGAGCCCUGGAUGUGUCGGAUUUUUACAAACAAGCCGCCAUUUCAAAGCAAGCCAAGACAGGAGGGUGGAAUAUAUUUUAUUGUACCACAAGCUCAUUUGUGUUUUAACUCAUCUGGUUUUUCGUCGACAUUCCUUUGGAAUUCAUUUUUCAGUGAGGAUCCAACUGAAUCCCACCUCAUUCAAUGGAACGAGACACAGAGCAGUCAGUGGAACUGAUGGAAACCCAGCCAGCCAGUACAGAGCUGACAGCUUCAGACAGCAAGUCCAGAUGUGGGGUGAUGCUUUUUCUCCACAGGGGCCGAGGAUCUAAGGGGCGUGGUCGAGGAGGCCGGAUGGGGCGAGGCGGCAGAGGUGGUAGGGGCAUGAUGAUGAAAGGGCAGGGCACUCCAGGGAGAGGCAGGGCCAGAGGCAGAGAUGGGGCCACAAAUGGAUUUGGACCUGGAAGGCGAGGCAUGGGGAGAAUGAGGCCAUAUCCUGACCCGUGUGGCCGAAGAGGGGGCAGGGGAGGUCCCAUGGGAAUGGCCCCGCCCCCUCCUCCUCCUCCUCCUCCUCCACCCCCUCCACCGCUUCACAUGAGAGGACCUUACCCUCCCAUGCCCAGACCUGGCCUGCCCCCGCCUCCUCGGCCAGGACACCCGGGCUUCAGGGGCCGGCCUCCACUGCCCCGCGGGAGAGGGCUGCCUCCCGGCCCCCAGGGGCCCUUCCACCCUCGAGGGGUAACAUAGUCACCCUUUUGAAGCCUGCGGGAGAAGGCAUGCAGACCCUCCAGGAGCACACAGCCAGCACCCAGCAGAGGUGAGACUCCUUUUGUGUCUGGCUUUCUAACAGCAGAGCUCUACGGGACUGACAGGCUUCUCUUCAGGGUCUUCACAAGCAGAAAAAGAGGGAUUUAAGUGCCAGAACUGAUGCACUGCUCUUAGUUCAAGUCUGCAGCCAGCGCUCUUUAGACAGUUCCAUUGUGUUUUUCUGGAGAAUCUGAAAAUUGAAAUUUGCGUUAUAAAAGCAUGUACAGUAUGUUAAUGACAUAACUGCAAUUUUCGAUACACAUUAUGUACUACAGAAAGGUUAAUUAAGACGUCAAAUUCUGGCUUGUCAAAAUGAUUUACUGUAUUUAAUGGAAAAUGCAGCUAAAUCUUCUUGAGCAAAUUCUCAUAUUAGCCAUUAAAUGAUUCUUCACACUUGUAUAAUAUUGCUCAGAACUUGACGCAUAUGAACUUUGAAAUUGAAGUAUUAAUUUUCUGUCUUAGAUCAGACAUUUUGCCCAUUAAUCUUACAUGAAGCUAUGAACGUGAAGAUGAACUUCACUGAAGUUCACCCCUCAAACCAUAGCACACGGUUCAAGAUUUCUUGAAAGCGUGAUUGCGGUCAUUAUAAUUUAAGAAUAUUUAAAUUCUGUCCCAUUCAUCUUCUCAGAUGAAAUACUGUGAUGGACUAAAAUACUGCUUUAAAUAUUAGUGUACUAUUUAGUGAAGAAAACCAAGUCCAAACUUCAAAGUCCCUUUCAUUUUCUGUCUGUUUUUCUUUUAAACUUACAGUAUAUUUUAAACAUGCAUUUUAAAUGCAUGUUUGAUGUAUUAAUGUCGGCAAUACAAUUAGACUGUUUUCGGAUUUCAACAUCCAGAGUUUUCAGUUACAGCAGUUUGAUUUCAUAUUCACAGCAAAUUACAAAAUGAUAAACUAAAUUAUGGAAUCAUUGAGGUUUUUAAUUUACAAUCUGCUGCACAAGUGCAUUGUGAUUAUCAGUCUUCAAUUAUCAUGCUAUUUAUCACAAUAGACAUGAAUGCUUAAAAGUCAUGAUUUAAUGCCAUUUAUUAGCUGGAAAAAAAUGAUUUAGCAUGCAGGCCUACAGUAUGUCAAAACAGUGCUGUAUUAUAAAAUACAAUUUGAGACCCUCCGGCUAAGGUAUCUCACAUUUCUUCACAAAAUGAAAAAACAAAGCAAAGCUCAUUGACUAAAUACACUCCUAUUCUAUUCAAUUACACACAAAAAAAAAAACGUUUUCAGCUGGGAUUUUAAAGGAUUUGGCUUCGAGUAUUCAUAAUGUUGAUGGAAUGGCUGUAGCUCACGCUCACAGCUCAUUUUCUUUAACAACACUAGUCCAUUUCCUCCUCUGUCUUAUCCACCCAAAUUUGAUGAAUCUAUUUAUUUUGCAAACGUAACAAAGCCUUAAUAAUGUUUGUUUCAAUGUGAUGCACACAGAAAUAGGAUUUUUCUGGCAAGCAUCACUUGACUCACUUUUUAAAUUUUAAAUCGAAAGUCUACUAGUACAGUAUUCUUUACUUUUGUGUGAGAGACUCCUUUUCUGUGACUAUUUGUGAUUUUUCCUUUGUUACGGUGCAGUUUAUUUUACUUGUCCUGAAGAACGAAUCCCUUCUCAGUCAUAAUAUAAAAAUCUAAAUAUUUUUGUAAGGUAAAAAGCAAAGAACAAGCAGUUCUGUGUAAAGAGAUUUUUUGUCACCACCAUAAAGAUAUGUUGAACUCUAGCUCCAGUGUUAAUGAACCUUCUGGGACAGAAAACUAUACAGCAGCUGCUCCUAAAUCUGUAGUCACUGCAAUGCUGCACUCAUAAAGUAAUUUGAGACAGUAAUUUCUCUGCUACUCCUGGUCUACUCCUUAAACUCACAUACACUGUAUGCCUCAUACUGUACAGUAUAUGUCUCUCUUUAUAGUGCUAAAUAACAAUCAAAUUUGAAUGCAUGGUAAGUGAUAUUAUAAAACAAAAUCACAAGUUUUAAACAUUUGUUGUUAAGUGAAUGGUUUGUAGCAGUUCAAUGGACUGACUUCAGAUAAAAGUUGGCUGUGAGUUGCCAAUGAUAACAAAACUGCCAUACUUACUGUUGGCUCCAAUGGCUCGCAUUGUGAAAAUAGAAGAUGGCCUGACAGCGCACAUCCUGGAAGAGGCACGUUGCAGUCUUGUGCCGGUCUGAGCACUACUGAUUCCAAAUUAUUGUAACUUGAAAAUAAAACAAUGCUAUUUCUAAAUUUUAACAGAAAAUAGAAUCAAAUGGAUCAUUAAGAUUCAGUAUUUCUGCCCGAUUUGUAACUCCCAAAAUAUACCGGGUAUCAUUUUGUUGUUAAAGCCAAUAUCCACAAUUGCCCUAAAUGCUUUUUAGGAUAAACACAACUCACUCAGUUUUGGAAUUUGCACUGAUCCCAUUAUUUAUUAGGGGCUUAGACUGAUUGCAUUAUUAUAUGCACUAUACAGUGCAUUGCAGAAAGUAUUCUGUCCCUUGCACAGUUUUUUAAAGUUUGCAGUUAUGACACUUGGCAGUAGAAAAUUAUGUAUGUUACAUACACACUUUACUCCACAUCUCCACAGAAAAAAACAAAAGGAAAGAAAGAGUUGGUUCAGUCUGUGUUUAACAAAAGUAGUUCACAUGAUCACAUAUACCCUUGUCUGUCAGAUCUCUCAGUGAGGUAGUAAUUUUCCAGGAAAAAUUCAACUGCGAAGAUUACAAAUCAGAUCUUCACAAGAAAGGCACAAACCAGGAGGAGGGUAUACAAAUAAAAACGCCCAAUAUCCCUUUGAACACUGUGAAGUCAAUCAUUAAGAAGCAGGAUAUGUGCAAACGGGCAAGUAGUAAAUUGGGUAUGGAUGCAGAGGUGAGUCCAGCAGUGACUUUGAGCUCAAUGGCAUACUGUAGAUGGGAGCAAAUGUCCACAGGUUGCAUAACCUAGUCAGUCACACUCCAUAAACCUGGCCUGUAUUCCAGCCUAUAUGAGUGGAAAAAACAUCAUCCCACAUGGUAGUUAUACCAAGCCAUUUUAGUGAUAGUGCAACCAUGUGGCAAAAGGUUUUGUGGUCAGCCAAGACAAAACUGGAUUUUUUUUGUGGAUAUAUUUAGCACCAUCCCAAGCACUGUGGUGGCAGCAUUAUCUUAUUGUUCUGCUUGUCAAGUUUGAUGAGGGAUAUAAAUGGAACAAAGUACUGGCAAAUCCUAGGGAAAAGUUGAUUCAGAUUUAAAAUUAGUAUAAAAAUUCAUCUUUCAGCAUGAAUGUGAUAACAAGAAGAAAACUAAAACAGUCUGCUAAAGCUUUUCUGCAGGAUAAUGACCCAAAACACAGGGCCAAAGUUACAUUGAGCAUGUUACAUUGCAACUGCAAUUAAUGCCAAAAGUUUUUCGACCAAAUAUUGAGUUUAUUGGUCUACAUCUACUCAUACAAUCAAUAUAUUUAAGUUUUUGGUCUCUUUAGAUUUUACUGACAUUUGCUGUAACACUCCUUACCCAUGGAAGUGUUUGGUUUGAGCAUUCAGGUUUUAAAUAAAAUAUUAAUAAAAAUGUAGGCAUUUGUAUAAUGUAACCAUUUUAUAGUUUCACAGAAUGAGACACCAUUGGAAGGGAAUGCAUAUUUUUCCAAGGACCUGUAUACUUCAGCAUCUUUUUUGCUCCAGUGUCUCUCAAAAAGACCUACUGCCAUCUUUGGAUCGUGGUCCCAUUUAAAGUAUUCUUAUGAGGCAUGGUUUUCAGGUAUUUAAGUACAUUUGUUUGAACUGUUUCAGUCUGGAAGGUUUAUAAAAGAAGCUCUGCAGAGUUGGAAUAAAUGUUGCACAAACUUUAUUGUAAUCAUUUAAGUUGCGUAUUAGAUUAAUGAUGGAUUUCACAUUGCACUCAAUCUUGCCCUUGCCCAUUGGUAAAAGAAUGGAAUAGUGGAAUUCCAGUAGUGAAAAAAUGAUCUGAGGUUUGCUGCACACAUUAAUUUAAUUCAAGUAUUAGUAAUGCGAAUAUCUGUAAAGAAAUUCAGCCUAAGGCUUGAAUUAUUGUCCCAUCUCACUCCUUCUAUCACAGCCCAACACUCAAACACAGGUAUGAGACAGUGUCCAGGAGAUCUGUAUGCCCCCUAAGAGCUCAGAGCUUCAAGUUUAUUCCUCCUUCAGUCACCCCUUAAUUACCCGGUAAAUUAGGUAAAGUACAUAUAUGGUAAAGUGGAUUCUAAUCCUGAGUUAUAUGAUGUAAUACUUCUGUAAAUAUAGUCUUGAAUCACUCUAUUUUUUAAUAUUAUUCAUAUUGCAAUGUCAUUGCGUACUAUAACACACAAUGCAAAUAGCUGUGAGAAUUCAGUCAUAUACUGACACUGUUCUUUAAUUCUUCUGAUUUAAUGAUUUUGUUCUGUUGGUUUUAUCUAAAAUUAUUGCAAUCACAUUAUGUGUUUACAUCCAUUGACACUGCUGUUUUCUGGACUACUGUGUCAACUAAUAGUUAUGGUUUUGAGAUGAUUAUGAAAGACCCUCAUUGUUAUCCUGCUUACAGGAUAAUUUGCAUUUAGAAAUAGCUGCAAACACCAAUGAGGACAUUGUUUUUAAAAGAUGAUUAAGACUGUAAUUGUUUAAAUUAAAACUAAUAAAUCUGCCACUUCCUUGGAAGUGUUUAGGAAUCCAAAGUUUGGGACCUCUGAAAGCUAAAAUUAGUAUUUUUAUGUGGAAAAUUGAAAACAUGAUUAACUAUAGAGAAUUGCUAAAUAUGAAUCCCAUAUCAAAUAUAUCAGAUAUCAAAGAUAUCUUUUAUUAUUUUUAUAAAUUAUAUUGACUUGACUUGCUCUACAUAUGUUUUGAACUAUCCUUAAUGCCUUAAAAAACAAGUGACAAUGGCUUAAAAACAAAAAGUGUGAAGUAUUUAAUCACAAUUGUAUGUUUUUUUCAAAUGUUUUCAAAUCAGAUUAAAAAUAUUAGUAAAUCACGUUAAAAUAUAAGGCUAAUGGCAAAGUGGUAAGCGUCUCUGCCUCACAGCGUUGAGGCCCUGGUUUUAAUUCUGGGCCCGAGGUGCUGUCUGUGUGGAGUUUGUAUGUUCUCCCCGUGUUCAGAUGGGUGUCCUUUGGGUGCUCUUGUUUCCCCCCGCAGUCCAAAGAUGUACUGUAAAGUGGUUGGAUGGACUUUUUUCUAAAUCGUUAUGAUUUUCCUGUCCUUGCUUCAUUGUUCGUUAAUCCUUAAAUAUAUCCUUAUCUAGUGGUGCGUUCUUUUAGACGGAAGCACAAUACUUGUGCCUUUAAUUACCACUUGCUUUGUUUCUUGAGCUGAUUAUGGAAAUAGGCUGGCUGAAUUUUUGGCACUCUCAGGCAACUGUUUCACGUAUAGAACUGUGUAGCAGGACUUUCUUAACCAUGCUGGAGGCCAUUGAUCAAUUCGAGAAAAAGCUGAAAAGCGUGACAUGGUGGUGUAGUGGUUAGCACUGCCGCCCUACAGUGCUGGGGCCCAGGGUUCAAAUCUGGACCUGGGGUGCUAU